AUGAAAAAUAGUAUGAUGGUAUUCGGCCUCAUCCUUUUGGUGUUCGUCGGUAUCUUACAAACUUCAGAGAGCAGGUGUGUAUUCGGUGAAGUGGUCUAUGUUGCAGUCAUUAACAAUCUCCCUCUAAAAUCUCCAGUGCUAACACUGCAUUGUCAGUCAAAAGACGAUGACCUCGGAUACCACAAUCUUACUACUAAUAAAUAUUUUGACUGGUCAUUUUACUCGCCGUCGACCACCGGAGCCGUCAAACUCUGCCGGCAACGUCCUCGACCACCGGAGGGACUCUUAGAGACAAUCAGCAACGGCGGCGUCAGCGGCGACACCAGCUUCGCCGUUGUCCUCGUCUACAGCGUACAUCUCAUCCGACAAAGGUCUCCAUCUUCAGCAUUAGAAGAAUCGCAGGCGAGAAUCGCCAGAGAGAAUCGCCGAUGGUGGCCGGGCGACUGCACAUCAGGCGACAAACACUUCAGUCGUGGUGGUCGGACGUGA